UCAUUCUGACAUAGCAUAAAACUAAAGUUACGUAGUUGUUUCUUUAUGCAUUGUGGUCUUUAUAGGUGUAAGGGUUAGCUUGUACUAUACAUAAGCUCUCAGAUAAAUACAUAUAGCGUCACUGACAAGUGAAAUAUGGGAAGUCAAGAAUCUUUGAAGAAAGCUCGUACACUGAUUGAAUCGGAAAUCUCCAAGAACAAAGUUCAAGUGUUUUCCAAAACUUAUUGCCCAUAUUGCAAGAUGGCGAAGGAUGCACUGAAAGCUGCUGGCAUUGACUACAAUGUAAUGGAGCUGGACAACCGUAGUGAUGGUUCAGCAAUCCAAGAUGUUUUAAAAGAAAUGACGGGAGCCAGAUCUGUUCCAAGAGUUUUUAUCAAUGGGAAGUGUAUUGGAGGUGGUUCAGAAACAAAAGCAUUGCAAGUACAAGGCAAGCUGGUCCAGAUGGUCAAUGCAAGUUAAACUGUGGGUGAAUUACCAAUUUCCAAACUUCUUGAACAGUUUGUUUCUUUUUAUAAAUGUAGAUAACCAAAGGGAUACUGGUACAGCAAAUCAUGAAUUUAUUAUCUUCAAUAAUAAAACACAAAUCCAUUAAUUUUAUCUCACGUUUCAUAGACUAAAUACUCUUUUUUAGUAAAUUUCAUCAAUAUUUUUAAACAGUUCUACCUUUACCUUAUAAAUUUAGUUAUCUUUUUACUAAAUAGGAUCAAGUAUUUUAGCCUCCAAAAUCUGUAAAGGUGGCUGUACACAGUAUCCGGAAUUCGUCCGUUUUGUCCGGAUUUUGCUGCCGCAUGCAGAACUUGGUAAUGAGUUUGCAUACGACUUUGAAAGCAAAUUCGUAUGUUGGAUACUGUGUACAUCCACCUUUAGUGCAUUAAAAUAUUCCAUCCAAUAUAAGUUUCGUAGUUGCAUGUAUGUUUGUAGUUAAUACUGGAAUAAAAAGUAUUGGACAAUCGGA